AUGGCUUAUUACAUCAACGUCGCUGAAUGGAGUCCCGAUAUGGUGACGGAUUGGCUAAAAGGCCUGGACAACUCCAUGUACCACUAUGUGCAAUCGUUCACCAACAACGGGGUCGGUGGCAAGCAGCUGUUAAACAUCCGGCCAUACGAACUCGAGCAGCUCGGCAUGAAUCUGAUCGGCCACCAGGAAAUCGUCCUCGAGGCUGUCGAGAACUUGAAAAACUUUAACUACAACCUGGACAAGGAAAACCUUCAAUUCCUGGCACUGCACGUGACGACCGCGGCCCAUUCGCUCACCAAACAGCUUAAGUACUCCAACCAGGAGAAGCUCGAAACGGCGGUGCUGAAAGAUAUUACCCGCACGAUCACCCACCUUAAGGCGCUGAUCGAGUGGCUCGAUCGAGCACCGUUCAAAGGCUUACACAAAUUCGACGAGCUCCGCCAACAAUGUAUGCGUUUCGGACUCGAAAUGGCAACGGUGGCAAUGCGCGAUCGUUUUUCCCUUAAUCCGGUGCAAGCGAUCCAGAACAAUGCAUCAAAGCUGGCAGACAUCGGAGAGUACAUCAUAAAGGACAUCACCGAUCCGAUUAUCCUGCAGCCAGCAUCGCUCGAUCUUGUGACGCUCAAGAAACGCGAAUCGGACCUAGGAUUUCUUAUCAUGCAAAGCUUCCACGGCGUGCACCGCAUUACCGAAAUAAAGUUCAACUCGCCCGCCCACAACUCCGGCAAGGUCGAGGAGGGUGACGAAAUAGUGCAAAUCAACUACCAGACCGUGGUCGGCUGGGAGUACAAAAAGGUGCUGCUGCAGCUACAGGAAUCACCGCCAGAUGUUUUACUGACGCUAAAGAAGCGGCCAAAACACCUGAAAAUCUACGGCCAAAUCUACAUCAAACCGUACCGCUUGCCGAGUAAGAAGCGAUCGCUCCCCUAUCGGUGGGGCGAAAGUUUGCCGAGCCCGCGCAUUACGGACACGUUCGCGCUGCAGGACUUUUCGUUACCCCUUCAGCGUGUGCCAGAGAAGCAGGUCCCGUCGGACACGGAGUCCGAAGGUAGCGACAUCAUCCUGACGCCGACCGAUGCCAAGGAAACGGAGAAGGAGAUUCGUCUCUACCUCCCGAAACCCCGGGCCGUCCUCCAGCGACGGCACACGCUCUCAAGCUUCAAAGAUCUGGUAGGUGUGGGUUCGUGGCACGAACGGACGGCCACUGGUGGUAAGCGGCCGCUAGUGAACGAGCUGCAAAGUUUACGCGAUAAGUCCGUUUCCUUUGGGUUCGGUCUGGAGAUGGCCCCACGCCCCUCGACCACCUGUCUCGGCUUGGUCGGAAACGGUGCCGGCGGAGCAACGGUGGACGGUGCUGGUGCUGCUGGAGUGGCGACAAAGUGUAGCAGCUUCGGAGGGCUGCAAAGUUCCCUGCCCGACAUUGUACCGACCGAAGGGGGCCGAUCACGACAGGACGCUACACCGAACGAGGUUUCGGUGUCCGGCAGUGCCGAAGGAGCUGGCGAUCGUCGAAGUGGCGAUAGUGAAGCCUAUAAAGCGGGCGUUUCGAAGGUGGUUCGGUUCGAGUCUAGUUCGAAAGCCGAUCAGUGCCAUGUGGACACAAAGUACACGUGCAAGGUGGACAAUACGGUGCUCGAAACGUUCGAGCCGAUACCAUACGUCGAUGAAGAUCUGCCGGUGGUAACUGCUCCGCGGCCGACAGUAACCGAGCGCGUGAAGCGUUUCGAAUCGUUUGCAACCCGCUCGACCGGUACUCCCGCUAUUGUCACAAAUGGUCACCACGGAGCAAGCGCUAACGGUCAGUCUGCAAUUAACUCAACGCCGUUAGUGGUGCCUCUGAAACCGAUUCCUAUGCAGCGACACCUCGCGAAGGAACCGGAGGCGCUGGCGGAAGCGAUCAACUCGGUGGUGGUUAAUCGGGAGAUGGUGAAGCGAGGUCGGUUGGACAAAAGCUACAGUACGCCGGCGUACGAUGAUGAGCUCGGUGACAUUCCUCCAGCGAUCGAACCACGCAAAGAACAUCUCCUAAAGGCACCCCCGGUUCCACCUCCACGUCCGAAGCGCACUCUGGAAACCCUCAGUGCGCCAAUUCCGGAAAAACCUCCACCAACCACGCUGACAUCGUGGGAAGCUACACCCUUUUCGACGGAACCCGGCUUUGUGUCCUCCCUAAGCAAUACGCACGAUAACCGGGACGAUAAUUCGAACAAAUCUAAACUGGCCAACGUGAUCGACCUAAAGCAGAACCGAACACAGCCACCACCGUUGACGAUCGUGUCCGCGACGCCUCCGAAACCGGCCGAACGCAAUAGCAACACCAGCACGCCAACCGCCACAAACCCGGCACCGCCAAUACCGGCCUCUAGGCCAUCGAUUCCUCCCCCCACGCCAACCGUACCGAGCGUUGCCACCGAUGCGUCGUCCUCCUCGGAACUGCUAACUCCAAACAAAACGAAAAGCCUCACGUUGAAGAAGAAACACUCACUGCUCUCAAAGCGUCGCAAUGUAUCGCUGAAGACGCUGUGCGUCAGCGACAUUCAGGGCCACCUGUACCGACGGACGAAGGACCGUAGCGGCGUUUCGUACUGGGCCAAAUACUAUUUCGUGCUCAUCGAAACAACCCUGUACGGGUUCCGCAGCAAGGAGGCACCGAAGGCCAACAGUAUGAUCUUCCUGGCCGGGUUUACGAUAUCGCCGGCAAAAGAAGUCCAUUCGCGGCCACACGCCUUCAAGGUUUACCAUCCGAACAAAACGUUCUACUUUGCGGCCGAAACGCAGGAAGCGCUCGUCCAGUGGAUGGAGUACAUCAAGCAGGCCACCCUAAAGGGUAGCACUGGUGGGGCCACGGGUGGCAGUGCGACCGGUACCGAGCACAACGUGCGGGAACUUUUCUCCGAAACGGAUAGUUCCGACGAUGAACUCGGAUUGAUGGAUAGUACAACGAAACUGAAUCUUCUGUGCACGCCCUCUCCGCAGCUGUCAUCGUCGCACUCGUUGACUAGUGGGCACCACGAAGGCGGCACUCCAACGUCGUCCACCAAGCAUGACACUCGGUACCAUCUGAACUUUGGUUCGUUGAAGAAAUUUACCAAAAUCGGAUCGGAUGCCUCCGGUGGUGUCGGUGGGAACGGUGCAACGCCCACGUCGUCGAGUGGUAACGGCGGCGAGGGAAGCAAGUUUUUUGGCUUUUUCUCAUCGCAUCGCAGCGUGGAGAAGAGCAACUCGAGUGAAAUGCCUGUACCAACGUCACAGUUUAAAAGCUACCGCAAAGUGCCCGGCGCAAGUGGACUCCAAAUCGGAACAGCAUCGAACGAUGGUUACCUGUUACCAUCGCUGCUCGGUGGCACGGUUAGCGGCGCCGGUCUCGACGGUAGCAUGAGUGUGAGCAAUCUGUCACUUGCAUCGGUCAAUGGUACGCGGGAGCAGCCAGUGGUUGGCGAAAAAUUGGUCCCACCGCCGGCCCCACCACCCCGACCGACAACUCCUGGGUCACCGAAGCCAAGCCUAAACGUACCGCCGAUUUGCGUCAUCCGUGAACCACCGGCCACCCCGAAGGCAACUAUCAGUGAGGCGGCGGAGCUGUUGAAUCGGGCCCAGAAAUCGAAACGCAUCUCACCGCACAACUACAUCCACGCUUCGAACCCGAACCUGGUGGAGUUUGAUUUUCAAACGUCGAAAGCAAUGGACUUUUCGGUGCCGAAGAUACACGCCGGCAACACGUGGGACACGAGCACUCACUCGCACAGCAACCUGCAAUCGAUGAUUACGCUGAAGGACCUGAUGCUGCAAAAGCAGGCAGAGGAGGCCCAGGAUAUGUACAAUAAGCGGGUCUGCCUUGGGGUUGAAAAGCUUGAUGAACGCGGAAAGAAAAGCUUGGCUGCGGCACAAGAAGCCACACAGGCUGCGGGAGGGGCGGCAGGUGGUUCUCCGGCACCAAUCAUCCCGGAAGCGGUCAACAAGAUUCAACGGCGUCAGCUUCCGAUAACGCCCGACUACGCGCAAAGCUUCAAGCUGGAUGACGAAGACAUCCUGUACACGCGCAGCAAGGAGGGUCAAAAGUUGCGCGAUUUUGGCUACGAAAUGAUUUCCGGGGACGAUGCGUUCGAUCAGCGUAACAGAACGAACCGCACAUUCGGCGGAAGUGGCUCCGUUGGUGGCGCGAAUAGUAGUGGCAGUUUGUUCGGAACCAAUGGGAACAGCACCAGCGGAACCGGAGGCAGCGGUGGCGGAGGUUCGAUUAAGAAGAAAACUUUCAACUGGAUAAACUCCGACCGGAAGGGAGACACUUCGGCGGGUGAUGGUGGCACAGCGAGCGGAAGUGGAAUCGGUGGUCACACGAUGAACGCAUCAUCUUCCUCGGGUGGCGCCUCGUCGACAGCAUCGGGAGGAGCUUCGUUGGCGUCGACUUCCCUUUCGCUGCGGGACAGUUUCAAACGAAGCAAAAACAAAGCGGUCAUUGCCCGGCUCGACAACAUUAAAGCGAGCAGUGAGAAGCUGUUCCAGUUCAAACAGACGAGCAGUGCCGCCGGCGGUAGCAACAACAAUAACGACAAGGAAUCGUUGAAGACCAAGCAACUGGAUAAACCGGGUGCGCCCGGGGCUCUGGUGAAUCUGAAUCUGAAACACCAAUCACCACAAACGACGCCCUUUGGCGUUGUAGGGAAAAAGAACAGUAACGAACUGCACGCGGCUCUCGAACACCAUUCGUCGUUGCUGUUUCAACAAGGGUUGGCGAUGGGAGGUGUUGGUUCCACCGGAGCCGGCAUCAAGAAGUCCAACACGUGCAAUAGUUCGUCGGAUUUUAAGGAAAACUCUAGCAAGCUACAAAAUAUGCGAAAAAAUUCAGCUCCCGAACGCACCUCGACAGCGGCAGUGGGCAGCAGCAAUGGUGGUGGCAGUGGUGGGUCCAGCGGAAGCACCACUUCCUACUUCACGAACCUUUCCUUUGGACGCUCGAAAACGACGAAAGAGAAAAAGUGGCUCGCGUCGCCGCGGCUGCAUCGGGCAAUCUUCGGUAAAAACCAUCACGCGAACGAUCAUCAGCCGACCGUCAUCGAUCACGAAGUUUUUUCACCGAUCUCCUACACAAAGACUUCCCCAGCUGCACAGUCAGCCAACGUCGAGACGUCGAUGACGGCCGGUGCAGGAAACGCAUCCAUCAUCAGCACAUCAUCCGCUUCCUCCGGUGCCGUACUAACGGCGGCCAACUUUGGUGCGAAUGGUGGAACCUCCCGUAACUCGCCCGACUACCCGAACAUGGAAUAUCCGCCGGUGUUUGAACCGGAAACGUAUUCGCUCAGCGAUCCCAGUACGAGCCAAACGUUGCUGAAACGACGACAGAACCAUCAUCAUCCUCACCAACCUCAUCAGCAGCAGCAUCACCACCAUCAGCAACAAAAAUGACGACGUUGUAAACGAUUGGCGACGGUUCGCGAACACGAAACGGGAUAGACCCACGAACGAUUCUUGGUGUACAGAGCACGGGGCAUGACCGCCGAAAGAGAACCUUUGGAGCCAUUUUUGAGCUAUCAGAAGCUCAAGAAUCCAUUAGGACCCCCAGCAAAACAUAGAACAACGCUUUAUUUAGCUUUUAGUAUCUCCCUAAAUCCCUCUUAGACGUUGGUUCGAAAUCAAUGUUUACGAGUAAAGUACCAGCCCGCGUUGAAAAGGGCAACUGGGAAUGGUCUCGCGUGCCAGGACAUGUGUCGAAUGAAGGGAAGUCGAUUUCUAGGUGGCCAUUUCGGAUGAUCGUGCAUGGCUGCAUUCGAAAAGAUGAUAUUGUACGUAAUGAUAGAAGGGCUUACAGGGAAUGUUUUGUACAAUCAGUUCGGAAUGCGAAUCAAUUCGGAGCAUAAGCAAAUAGUUUAAAUUGUGAUUUUAGCGCAUCCCUGUUCGAGAAUGUUUGGUGCGUUAGCUGUGGUUAGCGUUAAAUACGCCCGCUCCGCAUUGCGGUUGUUGUGAGCAUCGGUGUGUAGUAGUGAAUGGAAAAAAUUACCGAUAUUUUAAAUGAAAAACUUCUAUUUAAAGCGAAACCUACAACAAUGAAGCUCCAAAAGCGCAACCACAAACUAUAUUAACUUAUGAACCCGCGAAGUAGAGCAAUUUGAAUAUGAAACAAGCUAGAAAUGGUAGCUAGAAAACUGCGACCCUCUGUUGUAGCUGUUAUGUAGAAGUUCAACGAUGAGUGUACUAUCAAGUAAUUUUAGCUGCACACUUGCAAUGUAUCCAUACAUUCCCUAUGCUGUGCAAGAAUUGCAGCACCACCAUACCAGUAGUUCCUCUCCUAUCCAGGCCAACAGUAGUGCUGAUAACACCUAGCCUCCGGUGUCCGGUGCUGGAGUAUAAUGUUGGAGAGUGUUAUGCCAAUUCGCAUCGUUUAGCCUGUUUUCUGCACGACACAUGGAAUAAUAAUAAA